UGAAACUGCGCCAUGUGGAAGUGACUCAGCGUUUUCAAGUCGUAGGAAUGAUGAGUCAAGUAAUGUUAAUGAGCUCCCUAUCAAAAAUGAGGAAAGAGAGGCACCUAGUUUGGUCCACGAAGAUCGAAAUCCAACUGAAGUUAAUGCAGAAGAACAGAAGCAAUUACAUUCACCUAAUUCUUCUCCCCGUGGAUCCAGUAUGUCAUCAGUUGUUCCCACCACUAACUAUGUUAAUGCCCUUGAGAUGCAAACCGAUACUUCAAGCUCCAAUGGAAUUCAAGAACUUCAGAAGGCCACUUCAAUAGUGUCUGUUGUUGAAUCUCUCGAAGGAUGCAGUGUCAGUGAAAUUGAAGGGGAGUCGAUAGUUGAUAAUUUAAAGCGACAGGUUGAGCAUGACAAGAAAUGCAUCAGUGCUUUAUAUAAGGAGCUGGAGGAAGAAAGAAAUGCUUCUGCAAUUGCUGCAAAUCAAUCUAUGGCUAUGAUCACCAGGUUGCAGGAGGAGAAGGCGGUGCUCCAUAUGGAAGCCCUUCAAUACUUGAGAAUGAUGGAUGAGCAAGCAGAAUAUGAUGGAGAGGAAUUGGAAAAAGCUUAUGAUCUACUGGCAGAGAAAGAGAAAGAAAUACAAGAUUUAGAAGCAGAAUUGGAAUUUUAUAGGUUGAACAUGGAAGAUGAACCUGUGGGCCAUGAUAUGCAGAAGGAAAGAUGUGAUUUGAAAGGAAAGGACAUCACGGUACAAAAUUUUAAUGUACCUCCCAUCACCAUAUCUUCUAAUUCAAAUUUGGCCGAGUUAUCUCAAGUCACUGAUGAAUCGGUGGCUCAUGAAACCUCAUUAGAAUUUGAAGAGGAAAAGCUGUACAUUUCCAAUUGUUUGAGUAGCUUGGAAAAGAAGCUUCGUCAAAUUUCUGGCAACGGUAUUUCUUUCAAUAUGCCGAGUGAUAGACCCGAAAACUUUGAAGAAAGUGAAUCUGAUCAUCAGCAAGGAUCUUCCAAUGGUGAAGGACCUCGAUUAGACAGUCAAAAAGAUCAUAAUGUCUUGUCGUCUAUAAAGGAAGAUUACAAGACUUCUAACGGAAGUAUUACAGAUCAAGAUGGCCCAGUGGCUUCAAAGAGUGAGAUCUGUUCUCCAUGUGAAGAAAACAACCAUUCAGUAUCUGUUGGGCAAAAAAAUUCCAUGCAAAGGAAAAAUGCUGAUUUGGUUUCUAUUGAAAAUGAAAUAUCAGACCUUAACGAACGGUUGGAAGCACUUGAAGCUGAUCAUGAUCUGCUAGAGCAUAUAUUGCAUUCACUUCGAGAUGACAAUGAUGGACUACAAUUUAUUCGAGACAUAGCUCAUCAAUUGCACGAGCUACGGAAACUUGGCUCUAGAAUAAGAUGAUGUAUCAAGAUAGGGAUGUUGACAGAGAAAGAGUCGUAGUAAAUCUCUUGCAGUGAUUGGACAAGGAUGACCAUUAAUGUUUGUUAUUUUUUCUUGGUUUUGCCUACCAUUUGUUAAGAAACAAUCAGUCAGAAUGGCUUCGAGCACAGGGAGAUCUUUGCCCCGACAUC